AUGCCCAGCGAGGUGGUUGAAGCACCCAGCGAUGCGUCAAACGUCGUAAGCAAGUCCGCAGACCCGAGCAUGAAGCCUCUUGACAUCGCGCGUGAAAAGGCGAAGGCGGCCAAGCCGAGACGGCUGCGUACUAAGUGGGGGGUCAGGAAUCGGCGGACGAUUAUGAGGGAGGCCCUGGAAGAAUGGGACCGAACUACGGCAGCCGACCAGGUCGCCCGAAACAGUAUUCGUGAGAAGACGGUGGCCGCGCUAGAGGCCGACGGGUGGCCGGAGGCGCAGAAUAUAGACGACGCCGUGAGGCAUUACUUCAAGAACCACAGCGGUGAGUCGACUGAGACCACGCAGGUGAGCACGAAGGCGGCGGGCCAUCCCAGCAUCACAUCCAACCCGCUGUUCAAGAGAACUCGUGCCAAGGGUGCGUCAGAGCUGUGGGGAAGCCAGAACAAGGACCUUGUCAAGUCCGAGACCGACAAGGGCGGGAUCGGAGCUGGCGGAUUUCAGAGUACAACACGAACCAGGCUCUUCGGCGGGCUACCUGCGGAGGAGAAGUUGCUCUUCGAGCAAGAGGCGAAAACUCUGAAGGACAAGGACCCUUCGCCGGAAGAAAUUGACGCUGCGAUGGAACUGUGCGUGAAUCGCCAGAAGCUGCCGACCUGGCUGAGCCAGGUCAUGAAGAGUUGCAUCGGGAAAGGGAUGGGUUGUGUAGGCGAUGUGAUAUUCUAUACCCGAAUCGCAAUGAGGGAUCGCCAUGCAAAGCUGCGACUCACUCAUGUCUCUGUCGGUGACGAGCUCGACGGCACAACAGCAUUCCACGAGUUUGCCAAUCUGAACAAGGAGAAUGAGAAAUGGGCCGAGUACGCAAACAAGGUCCUUCCGCGGGAACUCGUCGGCAAAGAGCAAGGAAUUACCUAUGAAGACGACAAGCCUAUGCUCCCGUCUUACGAAUCCGGAUGGUCGUUGAUGAAGGCGAGGGAGGUCCUAGAUGUGUAUUUCCAAGCCUGCUGGGCUUACGCUCAUCGCGAUGCGGACGACGAAUGCGGGUUAGUCCCCGACGAGGCGAUCGAUGCCGAGCUGAGCGCGCGCAAGUGGCCGACUGCCGACACGACAGCGGGCAUGUUCACGCUCUGGGAUAAUAUUCUGAACGCCAAGCACACGGACGACGCAUUCGGCUUCGAGGACAUACAGCCUGGAAGGCCCCGUGCGGCCUCGCCUGCCUUGGACGGUGAAGGUGAAGGUGAUGGCCAAGUACAGCACGAGCGUGAGCACGAAGACCAGCACGAACAUGAAGACCAGCACGAGCACGAAGACCAGCAGCAGGAAGACGAGCACCAGCAGGAAGACGAGCACCAGCAGGAAGACGAGCACGAAGAUGACGACGACGGUCGGUCGUCUUCCCCGCGCCCUAGCGAGAAUGGUAGUCGUUUGGAGGGUGAGCCCGACGAGGAGCCGGAUGCCGAGACCGUCGUGGAUGCUGGCGAUGGUCAGGCUGAGGUGCUGAGCGACAAAGCCGCGAAGGAGACCCAGAAUGCACGCCGACUGCCAGCCAUAAAGAAUGCCCAGGCGGGGCCCAGCAGACGCAAACGUGUGGAUAGCGAGACGGAGGCUGACGAGGGUAGCGAAGACGAACACCACGCGAAGAAACGUAAGGCAGGGAAAUCGGGCGAACCAAAGGCAAGGGCGGUCAAGAACAAGGGUAGUGGUGCAUCCAAGGGAAGGAAGUCGGAUGAGAUGGUGAUAUCUACCCGCAUGACAACUAGGUCGACUGCCAGUAGUGUCAAAUGCGUGCUCGGGGUCGUCCCUAAUGGUGUCGAGAUGGUGCCCAAUUCCGCCCGAAGGGAAUGCGCUGAUAUAUUAGUCGACGCGCAGAAAGGCUACGCGUUCAACCUGUUGGCCAACUCGCCCCCUAACCUAUGGUGGGCCAAAGUCUUUACCUUUGAAAUUUGCGGGAGGCGGCCGGUUGCCCUCACACGUGUGGUCAGCUUCACGCCGCCCUCAGGAAGUCCUGGCUCCACGUACGCCAUUUCUGCUCCUUCGCCGCCGCGCCAGGACUCCCCUUCGAGGCCGCCUACCCGAUGCAAUGGGCCGACAGGCUCGGUGUUGCCGGUUUCGGAAAGUCCCACCGGUUUCGGUAGUCGGCGGAGCGCACGCGCUCCCAACCCCAACCCAUGCUUCAGCCUUCGUCCACUACCUCCCCAUCCCUUCGGCACGUCGCGUCGCUCCUUCGGUCGCCCUCGACAUCGGAGAGAUGAUGCGUCUGACCGGCCGCAAGAUCCCGCAGCUCAACGCAUCGCAGGCGGCGCGCAAACGCGACCGAGUCAACGCGUUCGCAACGCGCAUCGAGCCGGCGCGACGGACGGCCACGACGGCCCUGGCGACGCGUCAAAAGCGACGCUGGAGACGUGCAUAGGGCGGGGAAUCGGGGACAAGGACGGAACGAGGGUGGACAGGGCUGCCAGAGCAGCCGCGGCGCCGUGCCCCGGUGACUGCGAGUGUGGCUCGCAACAGUCGGCCCACUUAACUCGUUCCCAACGCAGCGAGGCCGCCGCAGACGUGCGCAACCGAGACGCAGAAGCUUGCCAGGCACCAGCCCGGCGACAGCCUGGGGACCCACAACAAACCAUCACGGACACGUAUGACGAGGUCGUGCGCGACCGGGACAAGCCUGCCAAGCAGGAGGUGGCUGGGCAUGAGCCCGACCGGCCCAAGGACGAUGGGGACAUCCUCCGGCGAGCACACGAUGGCGGCGAGUGCGGGCGGUACGAGCAUAACCAGGGCAAACACGACGUGCAUAAGCAUGACCAGUACGAGCACGAUGACCACAAGCCCUACAAGGGUGAGCACGACCAGCACGAAUGCAACGAGCACGAGCACGAGCACGCACCCGACGAGCGCGAAUAUGACGUAGGCGAGUGCGAGGAUGACGGAAGUGAACACGACGACUGGGAAACACAACGAGCAGUAGUGAUCCCGGAUUAG